CCCCCGGCAAGGACACUGCGGAGCGGAGCUUCUGUGCUGACUUCUCUGCUAGCGGGGCGUUUGCCUUUGCCGAGGACGCCGUGCGGAACCCGGGAAUGAAGGAUGGCAGCACGCCGUGCAUUAAAAGCUGUUUUGGUGGAUCUCAGUGGCACACUUCACAUUGAAGAUACAGCUGUGCCAGGCGCACAGGAAGCUCUUCAAAGGUUACGUGCUACUUCUGUAAUGGUUAGGUUUGUGACCAAUACAACCAAGGAGAGCAAGAAAGACCUCUUGGAAAGAUUGAAAAAAUUGGAGUUUGAUAUCUCUGAAGAUGAAAUAUUCACUUCUCUGACUGCAGCCAGAAACUUGGUAGAGCAGAAACAAGUCCGACCCAUGCUGCUGGUUGAUGAUCGGGCCCUACCUGAUUUUAAAGGAAUACAAACAAGUGAUCCUAAUGCUGUGGUCAUAGGAUUGGCACCAGAGCAUUUUCAUUAUCAAAUUCUGAAUCAAGCAUUCCGGUUGCUCCUGGAUGGGGCGCCUCUGAUAGCAAUCCACAGAGCCAGGUAUUACAAGAGGCAAGAUGGCUUAGCCCUGGGGCCCGGACCAUUUGUGGCUGCCUUAGAGUAUGCCACAGAUACCAAAGCCACAGUCGUGGGGAAACCAGAGAAAAUGUUCUUUUUGGAGGCAUUGCGGAGCACUGGCUGUGAACCUGAGGAGGCCCUCAUGAUUGGAGAUGACUGCAGGGAUGAUGUUGGUGGGGCUCAGAAUGUCGGCAUGCUGGGCAUCUUAGUCAAAACAGGGAAAUAUCGAGCAGCAGAUGAAGAAAAAAUUAAUCCAGCUCCUUACUUAACUUGUGACAGCUUCCCUCAUGCCGUGGACCACAUUCUGCAGCAUCUACUGUGAACGAUUAUGUGAAUCAGAAGCAACUUGAAACGCAGCUUUUCAUCGUCUGGAAAGAAUCCCUCAACAAAUUAAUGCAAGCAUGGACAGACAGAGACCACUCAGCCCUGGUCACCAUUGAACCCUCUUUUAUUGGGCAGUAAUUAGAAAGAAAGGUAUUGAAUUGCGGCCAGACACCAAGCCUGGCUAAUCCCUUUUUUUUUUUUUUUUUUUUUUUCCCCCGUAAAAGAAGAUGAGAUCCAAAGAAAGGGAAAGCUGAGAUUUUGUGCCAUUCCUUUUAAAAUAUUCAUCAGGUUAGCAGCGCUGGGGAAGAGUCUACUGCAGGGAGCCUGUUCUCUGCUGUCUCCUCGCUGGUAAAUUGGAGGGGUUCAGACUCUGAAUAAAGUUGAAUGGUGGGGC